UUUUUUUUUCUAAAUAAACAAAAGUGAACUUUGUUGAAUCAUCAUUGCGGGAUAGAGUAUCCGGUCUUGACUUUGCUCUCUAUUUUUUAAGUCUCUUUCACCCCAAAUUUUAUUUCACCUCUUAACCUUUUACUGAUAAUACAACUGCACGAAAUUCCAAUAGUCAAAAUGGAAAAAAUGUCACUGAGAGAUAUCGGCUUAAUGUACGACGAGCAGUUCAACAAAAAAAUGGAGAUAGCUAAAUUUUUGCUCAAGAAUUUAGGCAAUAAGAAAGAGAUACAAUUGGCAACUAAAUGGCUUAUCAGAGUGAGCAACAUAAAAUCAGCUCACUUGGAAGUGAAGAAAAAUAGGAACGCCUUCCUGUCAUACGUGGUAAAAGUUCUGCGCGACGGUGUUCUGCGUGGCUGUUUAGAGUCUGAGCCAGAUUUACUCUGUGAUCCGGAUAAUAGUUUGGCAUUUUUGGAUUACCCAGAUGAAUUCACUGGGAAGUCUGCGGAAGAAAUUUUAAAAGACACGGUCAACCAGCCGACGAUUCAGUUCCACUCAAAAUGGUCCGAGGAUCACAGAACAUAUGUGGCGGUAAAGCCAAUACCAGGAAGAGGAGCUCUGGUCUACAUGGCAGUUUCGAAGAAACCAGGCAUGCAGAAUUGGGACCUUCCUUCUCUUAAGAAAGCCCCCCAAGAUUAGCGUUUAUUAGAUCAAUUUCACUAUAUAAUCUUGGUAUGAAUAAUGUAGAUAUUGGUGGUCAUAUGUAAUGUAUUAUAGCAUGAUUAAAAAAUAAUAAUAAAACGUAUUACCUGUGAAAUACUUUGUCACAAUGUUGAAUAAAGUAUAAAGUAUACAGAA